AUGCGAUUCUGGUCCUGGCUUCGGGGAGAGCCCAGAUGCGAAUACUACUACAAAAAACGCCUUGAGGAGAUUAGAGAUCGAAUUGGCGAUGGCACUCCAAAAGAUCCAGUCAAGAAAUGGAUAACCGAGUACAAUGAUGAGGAAGCGCUAGGAUUUGCCAUUCUACAGCGCCAGUGUCGUCUAGAGAAUGAGAAACAGAUGGCGGGGGCGCAACAACAGCAACAGCAAUUCCGGCGACGACGGUGCAAGCAGUGCCAGUAUCAGGAGGAGAUGUGCAGUGCUUGCCAUGAAGCGACGCAGGCAGCAGAUGUCCCACCGUCCUACUCGAGCCAAUUCCCAGAGAAUCUCGAACGAGAUCUGGCCAAGCUGCGCGAAGAGCUUUGUAAGAAUCGGGCUCGCUUGGAGGCAAUAAGCCAAAAGCUCUCGGAUAGCAGGAGUUGGUGGGCCUUAUAUGCUAUGGUUCCACGCUGGCGUCGAAACGACGCUGGCCGGACGUUUAAAUGGGUUGAAGGCCGGAUGAAGUAUUUGAGUGAAUCCAAUACAACUCACAUAGAUAUUAUGGCAGAGGCAUUAGAUGCUGACGCCACACUCUCGUUUUGGCAGAAGCUGGACCCCAGCCACGCUUGGUGGCUGUUCCUCGCGUUCUUCUUGGUCAUGAUUUGCAGCGUCGCUUCCUUUGCGGUGAGGCUCCAUCUGGAGCUAUGGAUCAAGAGCCACCACAUCAGGAAGCUACGUGCAAUGCCCCCAUCACAGAGGCGUGACGUGGAAAUGGGUCAGAAUGAGGAAGAGGUGGAUGGGGAGAAAGAGGGGGAGCGGCGGAGGGAGCGGAGGGGAUGGUGGAAGACGGGGGAUAGGAGGACGGAGAGGGCGGUGAGGAACGGGACCAACCGCAUCGACCUGACGAGUUUGCCGAAUCUCAGCGUAUACGGCAUCAAUCUGAUAUGGUUUCAUCUCUUACAUCACGUUGACCAGUUCGAUCUGGAGAAACUCAGUGAAGACGACAUCAAACUGACAUUCUCCUUCUUUUCAUAUCGCCUUGAUGAAUACGACACGAGAGUUUUAUAG